CUACGCACGCCCAGUCAUCGACUCCUGCGGACCGACGGAAGAAGUCUUAUGUCAAAUAAAAACCAGUCCGAAUCAAAACGCGUCUGACCGCGGACGAGUCUACGACUCCACCGAGCUGCGUACUAUCCCCAAUAAAAGACAAGAUGAUGUCCAUGAAGGGAGGAAACAAGGGGCAGGAGAUUGAGGUGCCAAUGGACACAUCAAUCAUCCGUAUCCCGCCUCACCAUUACAUCCAUGUUCUGGACCUAAACAUCAACAUUGCCCGUGUGGAGAUUGGACCACUCACUUACAUACGCCAGGACAAUGAAAGAGUGCUUUUCCGUCCUGCACGUAUGACCAUGGUGCCGCCACGCCACUUCUGUGUGAUCAUCAACCCUGUUGCCCGUGAUGACAACGGUCAGGUGCUCUUCGACCAGUCCGGUCAGGCCAAACUUCGCCAUGCUGACCUGGAGAUUCGGCUGACCCAGGAUCCCUUCCCCCUUUACCCCGGAGAGGAGAUCCAACAGGAUGUGACGCCUCUGCAGAUAGUGUCUGCAGACACUGCACUGCGUCUUCAAGCUUUGCUGGACUUUGAGGAGGAAAACGGGGAGAAGAGGGUGGCCGGAGAUGAGUGGCUCUUCGAAGGGCCCGGGACCUACAUCCCUAGGAAGGAGGUGGUGGUGGUGGAGACCAUUAAAGCCACAGUGAUCAGAGAGAACCAAGCCAUCCUCCUUAGGGCCCGCAAGGAGGGCAUGGACAGAGGAGGGGUCCGCAGAGUCACAGGCGAAGUGUGGCAAGUGAGCAAGGUGGGGCCGUAUCUGCCUGGAGCCCAUGAAGAAGUUCUUGACAUCGUCAACGCAUUCAUUCUAACUGACAAGAAAGCUCUACACGUGCGUGCUCUGCUACCCUUCAGGGAUGCGGGUGGGCGUGAUCGGCGUACAGGGGAGGAGUGGCUCGUCACUAUAGCUGACAGGGAGGCGCACAUCCCCUCGGUGGCAGAGGAGGUGGUGGGCGUGGUGAAUGUAACCACGCUAAGCAGCCGGCAAUACUGCGUGAUCCUGGACCCCGUGGGGCCUGACGGGAAACCCCAGCUGGGUCAGAAGAGGGUGGUUAAGGGUGAGCGCUCAUUCUUCCUGCAGCCGGGGGAGUCAUUGGAGCAGGGCAUCCAGGAUGUGUACGUGCUGUCAGAGGAGGAGGGCUUGGUGCUGAGGGCUGUGGAGGCCUUCAACGACACAGAGCUGCAGCAAACCAUAGACGAGGAAUCAGAUGAGGAAGAGCUGGGCCAGGAGAGGGCCAAGCGUUCGCGGAGGAGCGGGAUCCUCCGUCGGCCGGGAGACCGCUGGAUGCUGCGCGGCCCCAUAGAGUAUGUGCCCCCCACCGCUGUGGAGGUUCUGGUGAAACGCCAUGCUAUUCCGUUGGAUGAGAAUGAAGGGAUCUAUGUCAGGGACAUCAAGACGGGGAAGGUGCGCGCAGUCAUUGGCCAGACAUACAUGCUGACCCAGGAUGAGGAGCUGUGGGACAAGGAGCUGCCCAAGAACGUGGAGGUCCUCCUGACCUGCGGCAAUGACCCCCUUGCUGACCGCUCCCACCGGCUGGAUGUCAGCGAGGGCAGGGAGAGAGAUAAGACCAGGGUGGUUUCCUACAGAGUCCCCCACAAUGCUGCUGUCCAAGUCUACGACUACAGGGAGAAAAAAGCCAGGGUGGUGUUUGGACCUGAGCUGGUAAUGCUGGGGCCAGAUGAGCAGUUCACGGUUCUUUCGCUGUCUGGAGACAAACCCAAGAGGGCCAAUGUCAUCAAGGCCGUGUGUCUGCUGUUGGGGCCAGACUUCUGUACUGACAUCAUCACUAUCGAGACGGCCGACCACGCCCGCUUGCAACUGCAGCUGUCCUAUAACUGGCACUUCGACAUCAAGAAUCGGGAUGAUCCUGCUGAAGCGGCGGCCCUUUUUUCUGUCCCCGACUUUGUGGGAGACGCUUGUAAGGCCAUUGCCUCCCGCAUCAGAGGAGCUGUCGCCUCCGUGCAGUUUGACGACUUCCAUAAGAACUCCAACCGUAUCAUCUGUUCAGCGGUGUUUGGUUUCGAUGAGAAGCUGGCAGUGAGGCCCAAACUGUGUUUCAGCCAAAACAACCUGAAUGUCAGCAGUGUGGACAUCCAGUCUGUGGAACCGGUGGACCAGAGGACACGUGAUGCCCUGCAGAAGAGCGUCCAACUGGCCAUCGAGAUCACCACCAACUCCCAGGAAGCCGCUGCACGCCAUGAGGCAGAGCGUCUAGAGCAGGAGGCCCGGGGAAAGCUGGAAAGACAGCGGAUCACCGACCAGGCAGAGGCAGAGAAAGCCAGGAAGGAACUGCUGGAGCUGGAGGCUCUCAGUGCGGCAGUGGAGAGCACCGGUGCUGCCAAGGCUGAGGCCCUGUCCAGAGCUGAGGCAGCCCGCAUCCAAGGGGAGGCGGCCGUCAACGAAGCCAAACUCAAGACAGAGGCCCGGAGGAUUGAGGCUGAGGCAGAGCUGCUACGUCUCGCCAAGGCUCGGGAACAGGAGUUGACCUAUAAGAAGGAAAUGGAUCGUCUGGAGAUGGAGAAGCAAGAGAAACUGGCUCAUAUCGAGAGUAACCGCUUCAUCAAGAUGGUGCAGAGUCUGGGGACUGACACCCUCAAAGAGAUGGCCAGAGCUGGACCGGAGAUGCAGGUCAAAUUGCUUCAGUCUUUGGGGCUGAAGUCUACGCUCAUAACAGACGGCUCCUCGCCAAUCAACCUCUUCACUACAGCCAACGGCCUCCUGGGGGCGCUGCCGGGCCAGGCCCAGUAAGGGGAUGAAGAUAAAUGUGAAACAAAGUGAAGAGUAACUGAGGUGGAACCAUCCGGAAACAAACCCUAUCCAUUUUUUAUUCACUGUUAAAAUGACCGGCGUAUACAGUUUACAAUUGGGUAAGGCUGUGAUAAUGUAUGGCAGGGGUCCCCAGCUUUUUUUGCACCGCAGACGGGUUUAAUAUUGACAAUAAUCUGGCGGACCGGGGGAGGGGCAGGGGUGGGUUGAUAAUGACCAGAAUAUAGGUUAGGCUUAUAAAUCAAUAGUAUCAUAACAUUUAAAAUAACGUUUGGAUAUUAAACACACAGCGCAUAUUUCCUCACAUUAAGAUAACAUACAUAUAACAAAAUUACAACUCACCAAUUUCAUCAAUUCUCUGUGAAACCGUGGUAACUGAAAGAGGAACCUUUGCCAACUUGUUAGCUGCAGCUUCCCCUAACAGUUCACAGCACAUGUCCUUGGCAGCAAGCAGAAUCAAUUCUUCAUUGAUAGUGAAAGGCUUCUUAGCCUUAGCAAUACGACUAGCCACUAAGUAGCCUCAGCAUUACAACUAGCCACUAAGUACGACGCUCUCAGAGCAGCAGCGUGUGUGGAGGUGGUGGCUCUCAGCACGUGCUUCUGUCCCGCUUACUCAUGUUGUUUUCGCUCAUAGAACUCCACGGGUUUGUCUUUAAGUGCAGGGUGCUUGGACUCAAAGUGCGGAAGCAGUUUUUGAGGGCUUCAUUGCUUCAUUAAUAAUAAAUAAAUCAAAUUUAUAUAGCACUUUUCUAACACUCAAAGUCGCUUUACAAUAAACUUUGGUGAAACAAGACAACAGAUAAACAUAACACCAACAUACAACGGUGGAUGGGGAGCUUGUCUCCACAUAUCACACACAGGGGGCUCGGAGCAUGCCAGUCAUCGGUCACAAUAAAGCCGUAUUUUAGGUAUGACUCGUAUUUCCUAUUGACGGAAGCUUUCUUUUUUUGCUGUCUCGGCCUCUGCUGUCUCUGCGUUAUCAUUGUCAUUAGACCUUUUAUCUCCCCUACCUCUUUCGAAGAAACUCUCAAGCGACGUUUAUUUUUUACCGGUGCUCGUGGUAGCUAACUAGCUGCUACUAGCAAGCUGACUGAGAGUGUCUCUGAGUUAUGAAGUUAGUUACCAUUGGUCUGCCACAUGCCACGUGAAUGAGUGAUAAAAUUACAUCAUUGUACACACUUGAAGUAUCCGUUUCAAAUUAAAAGCCCUUUGGCAUUACACCGUCCAGAUGGCUGGACCAGGCUUUUACUUGAACAUUGUAUAUCAUUGUUUCCUUGCAGCCCGGUAGCAAAUGCUUUGCGGCCUGUUGCCGGUCCGUGGCCUGGUGGUUGGGGACCCCUGAUCUACGGGAAUCAUCAAGGGUCAUUUGUAAGAUGGGAGAAUUGCCUUCAAAUAUGCACACUGGGUCUUUGGUGUUUGUCCAGGUGAAGGGGCCUAAUGUUACCAUUUCUGUCUGCUUUAUAGAUGUUUGUCUACAUCCUGUUAAGUCGAUUUGGCCAACUUUGAAAGAGGAAAGGAAUUUCAGGGGUUUACUUUUGGAAAAACGCCGUUCCAACAGGAGUUUAGAAUAUUGCAGAAAGAAUGAACUGUCAUUAAAAAAAAAAAGAAACUGUUCCUAAAAGAUAUUUUCCUUUUUUUUUUUAAAUUUGCCCCUUUUUCUCCACAAUUGCAUCCGGCCAAUUACCCCGCCAAUUACUCCACUCUUCCGAGCCGUCCCGGUCGCUGCUCCUCUGCUGAUCAGGGGAGGGCUGCAGACUACCAUAUGCCUCCUCCGAUACACGUAGAGUCGCCACGCCACCCGGACACCCUGAUGUUUUCCUUUUUAUUCCUGUACUGUCAGUUUUUCCUGUAAAUGUUUACACUAGGGCGUCUGGGUAUUGAGUCAGGGAUUGCUGGUUCGAAUCCCCGUGUUGCCUCUGGCUUAGUCAGGCGUCCCUACAGACACAGUUGGCCGUGUCUGUGGGUGGGAAGCCAGGUGUGGGUAUGUGUCCUGGUCACUGCACUAGCGCCUGCUCUGGUUGGUCAGUGCGCCUGUUCAGGGGGAACUGGGGGGAAUAGCGUGAUCCUCCCACGCACAAUGUCCCCCUGGUGACUCCACAUGUAUCGGAGGAUGCAUCUGGUAGUCUGCAGCCCUCCUGGAUCGGUGUAGGGGUGGUGGAGCAGUGACUGAGACAGCUUAGAAAAUAGGGUAAUUGACCAAGUACAAUUAGGAGAAAAAGGGAGAGUUUCCAAAAAAAAUUUUUUUUUAUACUAUCCAAAGAACUCUCUUGCUGCUUUGCACUCUUUAUAUAAAUAUAACUGAUGGGGUACUUCAAGCUGGACCCUACGAAUGUCAAAUAGUUGAUCUUAGAAGUUCUGUUUCUGUGCAAUACUGACACAAUUAAAAAGGAGAUUUCACAAUUCCUGUAUUUCCAAAGUGCUCCUCCCACACGUUGUGCCUCUGAAAGCGCAAUAAAGUGCUUCUG